AUGAUUGAAUUUAAGCGUCUGAUUGAAAUCCAGUUUGCAGUGUGUGAUCUGGGCUUUGGGCUUCAAAAUACCUUGGAUACAGAGGACGGCGGCAAAGGAGACCAGAGCAGUCAGCACACUCCCGGACACCCCGCCCCUUCGCCGCCCCGCCCCCUUCGCCAUUGGAGGAGCGCGGGCAGCUGGCUCCGCCCUCUCCGUAGGCCCCUCCCACUUGCCCGUGGGAGGAGCGCGGACAGCCGGCCCCGCCCCCUUCGCCAUUGGACGGGCGCCGGCAGCAGGUUGGGGAGAAGCGUGGGAAAGAUGGCUGCGGCGGCGUGUCGGAGCGUGAAGGGCCUGGUCGCCGUUAUAACCGGAGGAGCCUCGGGUCUAGGUCUGGCCACAGCGGAGCGGCUGGUGGGACUGGGGGCCAGUGCUGUGCUUCUGGACAUACCCAGCUCGAAUGGGGAGGAGCAAGCCAAGAAGUUAGGGAGCAGCUGCGCCUUUGCUCCAACCGACGUGACCUCAGAGAAGGACGUGCAAGCAGCUCUGGCUUUAGCGAAAGAAAAGUUUGGCCGUGUGGAUGUGGCCGUCAAUUGCGCGGGCAUCGCGGUGGCCAUCAAGACCUAUAACGCAAAGAGGAACCAGGCCCAUACCUUGGAGGACUUCCAACGAGUUAUCAAUGUGAAUCUCGUAGGCACUUUCAAUGUGAUCCGCCUUGCGGCUGGUGAGAUGGGCCAGAAUGAACCAGACCAGGGAGGCCAGCGUGGGGUCAUCAUCAACACUGCCAGCGUGGCUGCCUACGAGGGCCAGGUUGGACAAGCUGCAUACUCUGCUUCCAAGGGGGGCAUAGUGGGCAUGACACUGCCCAUUGCUCGGGAUUUGGCUCCCAUGGGCAUCCGGGUGAUCACCAUUGCUCCAGGUCUGUUUGGCACCCCGCUGCUGACCAGUCUCCCCGAGAAAGUACGCAACUUUCUGGCCAGCCAGGUGCCCUUCCCCAACCGCCUGGGCCACCCCGCUGAGUACGCUCAUCUGGUCCAGUCCAUCAUCGAGAACCCGUUCAUCAACGGAGAGGUCAUCCGGCUGGACGGGGCCAUCCGCAUGCAGCCUUAAAGGGAGGGGGCAGACGAGACACACACUCUUCCACC